UGAAGCACGUUGUGCAACGUGAUGCCAGGAUAAUCAAAAGAUUGGGGGAUGGGGAUGCCUGUGACUUGUUGCCAAUCUACGUCGACCUCGUGCAGUACACGCAGGCGGCCUAACUGGCCUACAAAAGGCCGAGCACCGAUGGAAGUACAGUUGAAGCGCAAAACUUCCGUACAUUUCAGCCGCUUCCAUCAUCCAUGUCCGCUUCUACCGAGCCUUCCUGCGCGCCGCCACCCUUUGACCAUGUGAAGGCGGACGUCAUUUUACGGUCAUCUGACGACGUUGACUUCCGCGUAUUCAAGCUGUUCCUCUCUCUCGCAUCGCCAUUCUUUGAAACCCUCUUUGAUCUUCCCCAGCCGUCAGAUGAGAUGAGCACGGAUGUGGAGUUCAAGGACGGACUACCAGUCGUUCCUGUCUCAGAAGAUAGUAAGACGCUGGAUCCACUCCUCCGCUUCUGCUACCCCUGCACCCUGUCAGAGGAUCCUGUCCUCGACGAUUUCAGAGACGUCGUUAACGUACUCGAGGCGGCCAAGAAGUAUUCCCUCGAUGGAAUCGAGAGGACAGUAUGCAAAUCUCUGUUCAACCCGAAGAUACUGGAGACAAACCCGUUGCGCUGCUUCGCGAUCGCAUGCCGCGCUCGCAUGCAAAACGAGUGCGCUCUUGCCGCUAAAUACGCCCUUCGGGAGCCUUUGGUUCCGAUGUGGUUCGAAGAGAUCGAAUUAAUUACCGCCAGCGAGCUGCUUUUGUUAUUGACGUAUCAUAAAAAAUGUGGCGACGCCAUUCAGACGUUGAAGGGGGACUACUCUUGGAUCACAGCCGAAUAUCGCCAAUGGAAUGCUACCCCGUGGUUGUUUGGAUUGACUUCUGGCGGUAGCUACUGUGGAUGUACGAGGUCGACGUCAGGAAGAUUCAUACUAAAUGGACAGGCGAGUGUUCAGUGGUGGGAAACCUUUAUGGACUCCACUUUUGUGGAUUUGCGCGACAAGCUUUGCGCGGAAACCGUUCGACAAAACGUCGAAAAGGCAAUACAGACGGCUCGGCAACGCAAUUGUGGUUACUGUUCUCCUGCAGUUUCUGGAGGCAUGCGAGAAUUCGGGAACCUCUUUAUCAACAAGGUCGAAGAGUUAAUCUCACAGGUUGAACUGGAGUUGAGGCUCUGAAAGUGG